AUGUUGACAGAGCUGCGGAAAGCCUCGGCCAUGUGUGAAGGAGGCUUUUGGGAAGCCAGCCCCUGCGUCCAGCUCUUUGGUGGGAGAGGGAAGGUGGGGACGAAGCGGGCGCUGGGUCGUGGGCUGCGCCCGCGGGGUGCCCCGUUCCUGCCCCCUGGAAUCUGCGGUGCUGGGUGUCUUCGGGCUUUUCUUCGAAGGCAGGUGGAACCUCGGUUUUGUCAAAUCGGCCUGGACGAUUGCCUGCAGCAGUAUGUCCAUAAAUUUGAACGGGAGAAGAUAAAUGGUGAACAGCUGCUACAGAUUUCUCACCAGGACCUUGAAGAAUUGGGUAUCUCACGGAUCGGACACCAGGAACUGGUUCUAGAGGCUGUGGAUCUCCUGUGUGCACUGAACUAUGGCCUUGAAACAGACAAUAUGAAGAACCUGGUUCUCAAGUUGCGAGCAUCAUGCAACAAUCUGCAGAAUUACAUCAGCAGCCGUAGGAAAAGUUCAAAUUAUGACGGAAAUACUUCUCGCAAGCCCCCCAAUGAAUUCCUUACUUCUGUGGUAGAGCUUAUUGGUGCUGCUAAAGCCUUGCUUGCGUGGUUGGACAGGACCCCAUUUACAGGUAUUGCUGACUUUUCAUCAAUGAAGAACAGAAUCAUUCAGCUCUGCUUGGAUCUCACUACUACUGUUCAGAAGGACUGCACUGUGGCUGACAUGGAAGAUAAAGUUCAGAUUGUAGCAAAAACUUUAAAUGGUAUUUGUGAUAAAGCCAUCCGGUCAACUACAGAUCCAUUGAUGAGCCAAUGUGCGUGUCUGGAGGAGGUUCAUUUAACAAACAUUAAACCUGGGGAAGGCCUGGGAAUGUACAUCAAAUCAACUUAUGAUGGAUUACAUGUAAUUACUGGAACUACAGAAAACUCCCCUGCUGAUCGGUCUCAGAAGAUUCAUGCUGGUGAUGAAGUGAUCCAGGUUAAUCGUCAGACUGUGGUUGGAUGGCAACUGAAAAAUCUGGUAGCAAAGUUGCGAGAGAAUCCUGCUGGAGUUAGGCUGCUGCUUAAGAAACGUCCUACUGGCUCUUUCCAUUUCACUCCUGCUCCACUAAAGAACCUGCGCUGGAAACCACCCUUGGUGCAGACCAGUCCUCCGCCAACUUCAACCCAGUCAUCAGAAAGCACCAUGGAUAUCUCACUGAAAAAAGAGAAGCCAGCCAUUUUGGAUCUGUACAUACCACCUCCACCAGCUGUUCCAUAUUCUCCUCGAGAUGAAAAGGGGAGUUUUGUAUAUGGAGGAGGCAACAAACUCAGUCAGCCACUACCUGGGUCCAAGGGCGCCGAGUCUCCCAAUUCUUUUCUGGAUCAGGAGAGUCGAAGGCGAAGGUUUACUAUUGCUGAUUCAGAUCAGUUGCCUGGGUAUCCCAUAGAAGCAAAUAUCCUGCCAGCCAAGAUGAGAGAAAAAACGCAGUCCUAUGGAAAACCUCGUCCUUUGUCAAUGCCUGCUGAUGGGAGCUGGAUAGGAGCUGCAGAACCUUUCUCCAGGCCACGAGCACCAGGGAGAAAAGGCAAGGAUGUCCUCUGCAGGUACUUCAGUAAUGAAAGAAUACCCCCAAUCAUUGAAGAAAGCCCCUCCACACAACACCCCCUCUCAAGGCCAGUGUCUGACAAGCAGUUAGUGAGAGGAACGGAUUAUAUUCGAGGCAGCAGGUGUUUUAUGAAUACAGACCUCCACAACAGUGCAACAAUUCCUUUUCAAGAGGAAGGUGCUAAAAAAUCCUCUAUUACAUCGUCCACAAAAUCUUCCUCCGCAGAGCCCUCGCUGCUGGUCAGUUGGAUCACGAGACUGAAAUUGUUGACUCAUUGA